GCUUGUUUACUUAUCAUAUUAUACUAAUUUUUGUUCAUCAGCUUAUUUGGUGCUUCUUUUGUUAAUUUCUUAAAUAUUGUUCUAGACUAGACUAUUUUAAUUGGUCGUUUUUACUGGAGCUAUUCGUGGCUAAUGAUUCUCAUUACUUUUGGACUACAGGUUGGCUCGACUCCUGACUAUCUCCUUCUUUGGCAAACAGUUCUCUAGACAAAUCCUCAGGGAAAGAAAGAAUGCUUUGCCUCGUGUCUAUUUGAAAUUGAAAAUAAAAAUAAAAAAAAUUAUAAACUAAUGCAAAUCCACACUUUCUCAAAUGCCCACCAGUACCAAGAGAGUUUCUCAUAGGAUGACACUUGUUAAUAAUAAAUACACUUCUCAAGGCAUCAGAUCAUAUUUACCAUUGCAAAUUUCUGGUGGUUUAAUGACGACUGAGCAAGUUGGAGUUCCAGUUGAGACUUCAAGAGUUCAUAGAAUUAGUAAGAGCUGAGAACAAUUUGAGAGCUAUUACGUAUGCUAGGAAAUAUCUUGCGCCACGGGGAGACACCCACAUGAAAGAAUUGCAGCGGGUCCUUGCAACACUAGCUUUUAAAAAGGAUACUGAAUGUGCCACAUACAAGGUUUUAUUUGAAGAUAAGCAAUGGGAUUUUCUAGUGGACCUACAGGAGUUCUGCAAGUUAUAUGGCAUGACGUUAGAACCCUUGCUCAAUAUCUAUCUGCAAGCUGGGCUUUCCGCUCUCAAGACACCAUAUUGUUUCGAGGAUGAUUGCACAAAAGAAGAUCCGCUAUCACAGGAAGCUUUCCGCACAUUAGCCCUUCCAUUGCCGUACUCAAAGCAGCAUCACUCUAAGCUUCUUUGCUAUAUAACUAAGGAGUUAAUGGACACUGCGAACCCACCGCAAGUCUUGCCCAAUGGAUGAGGAAUAUGGAACCCUUUUAAAUGUUGGGACGGCAAAAGGAUUGCAAUUUUUGCCCAAAAGGACUGUAACUGCAGGAUUUAUUCAUAUUUAUGUUUGUAGAGGAUGGAAGAUCUCUUGAACUUCUUCAUAAAACACGGGUAGAAGGUGUUCCUCUUGCUCUUUCAGUUUCAAGGAAUAUUACUUGCAGGGAUAGGACCUGUGCUCAGGUUAUAUGAUCACGAAGAAAGCGAAAGGAAAAACGAAGCACAAGAAUGAAGCAACGAAGAACUUGGGGUACAGGAAGAAUAAAUACAUACUUAACAUUAAGUGACAAUUUACUACUUACCUAAAUGGAAAAUGUUUUUUUUCACAAUUUUUUUACAUCAGUUUGUAUAAUAACUCGUGAUUUAUCAGUUUCAAAUAUACAAACUAAUGACAUA